GGCGCAGCCAUCUUUGUUGGGGGCAACGCGCGAUGCCCAAAUCGUGCGCGGCGCUUCGGUGCAGUAACCGCUAUAGCAGCCGCUGCCGGCAGCAGCUCACCUUCCACAGGUUCCCGUUCAGCCGGCCCGAGCUGCUGGCGCGCUGGGUGGGGAACAUUGGCCGUGGCGAUUUCCAGCCCAGCUCGCACACGGUGCUCUGCUCGCAGCACUUCCAGCCUGACUGCUUCAGCGCCUUCGGCAACCGCACCAACCUCAAGCCCAACGCCGUGCCCACACUCUUCGCCUUCCCCCGCACCGUCAGGGACUUUACAAGGACAGAGGAUGGAAGGAGAUUAGAUGAAGAAACUGUUCUGCAUCAAGAGCCCCAACCCAGUAGAACAGAGGAACCACUAGAAGAGGUUGGCACAACUAAGGCAACAGAAGUGGAGGGCUGGCUGCUGCAAUCCAGGCCCCCAGUGCAGAGACACCACCCCGUUCAGACCUCAGAUCACAACUAUGCUGUCAGUGACUGUGCUUCCUUAAAACAAAAACUUUUCCAGGCACUAGAGGAAAAUGAAAAACUGCAAAAACGCCUGAAGGUUAAAAGCAUGGCACUGAGGAGGAUGUUUGUGCGGCUCCAGGCCUGCAAAAAGGAGCAGCAAAAACACCAGGCCAGACAGCCUGGUGGGAGGGAACAGGGCCUGACUUUCUGAACACUCAUCUACCAGCAAGAACUGUGGUUCGACAGGCUGCCGGCUAGAGUACUUUAUAGAGUGAGUAACGUACUCACUACUGUUUCUGAUGAGCAUAGCUUAAAGUUCACAUACAUCAUAACUACCCAGCAUGCACAUGGUCAAAUGAGAACUAGCAAAGGGAGCUUGGCUGAGAAAUAGAAUGUAAAAAAUUCCCGAAACCUGCACUUCUUGCCUCAGCAUUUGUAAUCUAAAUGCCUUUAUAAUAAAGUAAGAAUGCCAGGUGUAUACGGGUGUGUGAGAAGAGACUCUGGGAACUUUUCUGGCAAUUACAUUUAGUUAAGCUAAUGUUAAGUCAUAUAGACAUUGUCUUUUCAAGGUGUGAAGUAAUUCCAAAGUUGUAGAACUACUGCAUGGGCCAGAGACCACUUUUGUAAGUCAUGGUGCUAGCUCUUUUCUCCCCAUCCCAUUCAGUAUAAUUUAUAUGAAAAUAGAUUUUCAUGACAGCAAAAACUGUAUUAUAACUAUUUACAUCAGGCAAACAUCAGUGAGAGGGUAAAUGAUUUUAUUCUUGUAUAAA